UUUUUGGCAUAAAAUGUCGGGCUCAGGAGCCUCCGGCGGUCAUCCUGGGACUCCAGGGUCUCCUACAAAGAAGGAGCCGUCUCUCACCAAGAGUGAGUGGCAAGAGAAGCUGACUCCGGAGCAAUUCUAUGUCACGAGAGAAAAAGGCACUGAACCGCCUUUCAGCGGGAUCUACCUGAAUAAUGAGGAAUCGGGAAUGUAUCACUGUGUGUGCUGUGACAGCCCACUCUUCAGUUCUGAGAAGAAGUACUGCUCUGGCACUGGAUGGCCUUCGUUUUCUGAGGCUCAUGGGACGUCUGGCUCUGAUGAAAGUAACACCGGGAUCCUGAGACGUGUGGACCACUCGUUAGGAUCACGAGUUCGCACGGAGGUUGUCUGCAAGCAGUGCGAAGCUCAUCUUGGCCAUGUGUUUCCUGAUGGACCUGGGCCUAAUGGUCAGAGGUUUUGCAUCAACAGUGUGGCACUGAAGUUCAAACCAAGUUCAAACUGAAGUUCAAACCUGACUACCUCCAAGAGCCCCCUUCCCUUGCCACUCCCUCAUUUACACACUCAGUGUUCAUAAUUCAUGUGAAUGAUUUGUUUUAUUUACUAGGCUAAGUUUGCUGCUGGCACUAAGCAAGUCACAAUUCUCUCAUUUAUUUACCUGAAUCAACUCAAUGCUGACUCCGGCUUUGACUGGAAUUUCACAGAAUGACAGAGGGGCAGCCAUUUCCGUCGAAUUGACCUCUGUGGACUUUGCCUGAGAUCAGAGGGCGUGACUUUCUGGGGACAUCAGGAAGCUGAUGCACUAUAAGCCAGAAAAUUCUUACAAAAGUACUCUGAACUGUCCACUGGGGUUAAGUCCUCCCUGGACUUACAUAGGUGAGGGAUCCAGUGAGAAGAGGAAGGAAAAUGUGGGAUUAGAGUAAGCCACAUUCCCAGCACUGAAGGAAACACGGAGGAGCAGGAUUGGGGAAGAGCUGUGCUCUGGGAGGCACAUAUGGUGAUGGAUGGAAUGCUUGAUUCUUUUUCAAAAUUUUAUAAUGUCUUGAACAUUCUAGUUCCAACCUUUCUGCCUGCAAAUAAAUUCCAAUGGGAGUAUGUUAGAUUUCUGUGAUAAAAGAUAAAAGUGG